CCUAAACCUUCAGCAAUUUGUCACUCAUUAACAUGGUUAAAUUCACCAAAACCCCCCUAUUAUUUCUUCUUUUCUGCUCCCUCUUCAUUCUUCAAUUCCAACGUGCAACACUUGAUGAUGAAGCUGCCCAAAAUGUUGCUCAAAACUACCCAGAAAAACCCCUUCUUUCCAAGUUUCUCAUGGAUACCAUUUCUCUACUCAGAAAGUCCCACAAAAGUUCUUGGGAGAAAUUCAAAAUUGUCAUGCAUGAUAUGCAAAUGCAGUUUUCUCCACCAAAUUUGGAUUUCAGGGGUGGGGGAUAUGAUGGUGCGAAAAGAACGUUGAAAGAAGCAGUUGGAAAGAGUUUUGACAAAAGCAAAGAGAAAGUCGAGGAAAGUGCUGAAACUGCAGCAAAAGUAGUUGAAGGAGCAUUUCAUAAGGUGAAGGAGAACACUGACUCUGACCAUGAUGAACUUUAGUCCAAAUUGUAUGCAUAGCUGUUGGUUUAGGAGUGUGUGAAACAAUUUACUUAUGGCAACUUAUCUUUUUCUCUAUGUUUUCUUUCACUGUUACACAAUUUCAGCCUAAUAUACUUGGAAGAUUGAAAAUGGAAAAAAAUAUA